AGCAUAGCACCAUGCCUCACUAGUGCAGGGGGCUUUUCUUAGCGCACUGCAUCACCAGGGACCGAAAGCGCUAAUGUCACCCAGCUAAUCGCCUUGAUUUUCGUCGCGAUUCGCCACCAUGGCCACCACCGCGGAGGUCUGGGUACUUUCCUCCUCGCCGGAGCACAAUCCUGUUCGCACGCCGGCACCACCUGCCUACGAUCCCGAGAAGCUAUUCGGCCUGUCGCCGAUCGACACCUCCAUAACUCCGAUACAGUCUCCAUCGGAGCUGUUUGAGCUGCCGACACAUUCCAGAUAUUUCGAGGUCGGGAAACAGGCCGACGAACCGCGCCGGAAGGAAGUCAACAAGACACCUAAUCCCUCGACAAACGACGAGUCAGUUGUGCUAGCGAUCGACGGAGAAGCUGUGGCAGAUAAACCGAAGCGAAGGGGCAGACCAAAGAAGGCGCUGGCGAAAGCUCCUGAGGAGUUGGAGCCUAUUGUCGCGAGCAAGAAAAAGACCGCUUCGAAAAAGUCAACAACGGGCGUACCGAAGAAACGCACCGAGACCACAACGAAGCGCACGACACCGGCAAACAGAACGAUCUCGGGACGAGUGUCAAAGGCAGGCAGCUCACAGCCCAAGGAAGCUAAAGUGCAGGAUAAUUGCCCGUCGACGCCGCGGGCUUCUUCAGCACCGAAGGAGACUAAGGAGGCGCUCGAUUGGGAACGGGAUGGCCUACAGCUCGAACAAGCAAUGACGAGGAGACUGGACUGGACGCCCACACAACAUAAGGCUAAGUCGAUCAUCGGGUUGGAUGACAAGCCAGGGUCGAAUGACAGCGGGAGUGGCUUCGGUAACUUGCUCUCUGAAUAUGGUUUCAAUAGGACUGCUACUCCUGCAAGCGACUAUGUGACUUCUGAGGAUGGCGGACCGACAAAAAGGAGGCGGAUAGAGCUAGUUGAUCCUGGAAUAUAUCCUGCUGUCAAACAAAGUGCUGUCGAUGUCAACGGAAAGGACAACACAGGGUACGGGUCUCAGCAGUCAACGUUAGCUGCGCAGAAGAAACCGAAGAAGCGCGUCAAUAAGUUCACCACACUCACAGCCCGCGUGACGGCGAAGUACAUGAGCGAAUCUGCAGAAACCUCUGAUAAUGUGGAUGAAGAAAUCGAGGCUGCUGAAGAGAGUUUGACAACAAAGUCCAGGAGUACGAAACCCAAGAAAAAGGGCCAGCGAAGCUUGAAGUCUCGAGAACCGGAAUUCGUGGUGCUCUCUCCUGAAGAAGCGGCCAAGACUCUUGAAGACCAGGAGCUCAUAUUCGGAACAUGCAGCCAGCUAGAGCGGGAGGAUUCUCCCACUACAAUAAGAGAGUUGCAGGCAGCUAUUUGUCAGUCAGAACUGAGCAUGGUGUCGGAAGACAACAGCCGUCCUUACCAGAAACUGGGCAAGGGAACUUCGUCUGCAGUGUCGCGUUUCACGGGGUCAGGAAACUUAUGGUCUGUUGCAUCUCGUGAUGUCGAUGGUUCCCUAAUGCAGGUGGAAGUCGUGGACUUGGUGGAUUCGCCUGAUAGAUCGGGGUCUGUCGCUAUAUGCGAACAGCCCAGCAAAGACAAGGCUGAUACUGCGAUUGAAUGUAAUGACAGCCGCGGCAGCUCUAUCCAGAGGGACGCCCCCGAGCCAGAAGCGGCUUUGGCCGUAAGCGAAGAAUCGACUCCUUUACCUACUCAGAAUACACAAACAGCAAAUAAGACAGCCGAAAAUGUGGCUUCGCAAGUCUCAGCGUCUCGCACCCGGAUGCCAAAUUAUCGCGGAUUCACGGAUGCCCGACUAUCGAAACAGGUUGCCAAGUACGGUUUCAAACCGAUCAGAGGCCGAAAAAAGAUGAUCGAGCUGCUUCAAAAGUGCUGGGAGUCGCAGCAUGGCACAAGCUCAGAGCCAAAUGAUGAGACCAUUCAGCAGAACUCGUCAGCUGAUUCCGUGACGGAACCUGCUUCUUCCCAGUCAAAGCCAAGCAAUAAAACGACAAGCAAAAGCACUGCACGGAAAACUAAUGCAAACACAAAAGGCAAACCGCAAUCCCGCACAGCUACAAAGCCAACGGCAGAAGAUGCAACGGUUGUCGAUACCAGCAAGAAAAGCACAUCCCUUCCAUCUUCAACCUCGCUGGGCGCUACCACAAGACCAAUAGCCGGACAGACACCGAGAAAGACACCUACAUACUCGUUCGCCGACGUGGAAGAAAUUGAAGACUCGGAAGACGAAGCAAUCCUUUCGCCUAGCCGCCUACAAGGUCAAUUAUUUCAACACACCUCAGCAAUACCCAAGCCCUCUCUGUCCACCUCCCACGUGCCAUCUACUCCCACCCGACUCACCUCUAAAAACAUCUCUACACAGACCACAGCAACAUCAACUGCAGCAGAAACUCCCCUUCCUCUCCCAAACCUAUCCAACCAAAUCACCGCCGCCAUCCGCGCACAAUCCCAAUCCACCACAGCAGCUAGCACCCACAAACGCUCCACCCCCACAUGGCACGAGAAAAUCCUCAUGUACGACCCGAUUCCACUCGAAGACUUCACGACCUGGUUAAACACCGAAGGUCUGAGUCUCAUAAAUGAGGACCGCGAAGUCGGCGCCGGCUCUGUACGAAGAUGGUGCGAGAGUAAAGGCAUUUGCUGCUGUUAUCGACCGAGAAAGAAAGAAAAUUAAUUGGUUAAUUAGAUGCGGGUCAUCUAUUUACUUUGGGACGACUAAUCACGUUGGUUUAUGUUCUUUUAUCUUCUUGGGGGUCUUCUAUAUGGUGUUGUUGGGUAUACAUAGAUGGUAAAUAGAGGGAGUAUGGCGGGUGGUGAUUUGGAGUUACCUCGGCUUAGGGCUAGUGGUGUAACGGAGUAGUCAUUUGGUACCACCCUCCUUCCGUUUCCGGAAUAUGUAUAGUAUAGUAUAGUACUUGGGUACGGUACUAGGUUCUGGUAUAUCCUUUGCAUGUAUAGCAC